AGUACACGGAGGAGAGGCGGAUAGAACACGGCGUGAGGAACCAGCAUCGCUCUGAGUGUGUGUGCAUGUGUGCACGUGUGGGUUCUGCCAACUACUUGCACUGGAUUUAAAGCAUCUUCUCUCCGACUGCAAGCGGGGAUGAAAAACUAUCCAAACUGACAUUCGGGAUAAACAAGCAAAGCAGGCAGCUGUGUAUAGUUGGAGAAUACAAAAGAGGGUCUAUAAAACCAAAGGAGAUCCCAUCCAGCAUGUAUCACUCGCUAUGUUUCAUCAUCCUGUCAUGGGUGUUUGCUGUGCUGGUUUUUCCAGGUAAGGCAUCUUUACUCAUCACCGAAGGACAACCUUUGUCUCUAAAGGGAGUUCCAGCCAGAAGCGGGGAUUCUGUAUUAAAGGACAACAUCACGGUGAGACAGGGGGACAGCGCCGUCUUAAAAUGCAACGUGGACAGCAAAGUAUCACGAGUGGCGUGGCUCAACCGUACCACGAUCUUAUUUGCAGGAAGUGAGAAAUGGUCUCUGGAUCCUCGCGUCAUCCUGAUGGAAAACACGGCAGUGACAGAGUACAGCAUUAAGAUCCAAAAUGUUGAUGUCUAUGACGAGGGCCCCUAUGUCUGCUCCAUCCUCACGAACAAAAAGCCUAAAUCUACAAAGGUGCAUCUCGUUGUUCAGGUUCCUGCAAGGAUCACCAACAUAUCGAAGGACAUCACAGUGAACGAGGGCAGCACUGUCAAUCUCAUGUGUCUGGCAGUCGGUCGACCUGAGGCCAACAUCAUAUGGAAGCAUCAUUCACCAAGAGGCAUCCAUAAAUUCAUCACUGAGGGGGAACAUCUGCAGCUGAGAGGCAUCACCAAAGAGCAGUCAGGAUCAUAUGAAUGCAUCGCUUCUAAUGAUAUAUCAGCCCCUGAUGUCCAGACAGUGCAAGUCACUGUUAACUAUCCUCCCUUCAUUUCCAAGGCGAGAAGUACGGGUACUCCAGUUGGACAAAAAGGAGUCCUGCAGUGUGAAGCCUCUGCUGUCCCAAGGGCAGAUUUUGAGUGGUACAAAGAAGACCGCAGGCUCUUCAAUGGUCUAAAUGGGGUGAAAAUCGAGAAUAAAGGUAAACAGUCAAUGCUCAUCUUUUUCAACGUCUCAGAGGAAGACUAUGGAAACUACACCUGUGUUGCGAUGAACAACAUGGGGAUCACUAAUGCCAGCAUAAUUCUUUAUGGUCCCGGCGCCAUGCACGACGUCAAUGGCUCGGCUGUACUGGCCCGUUGCUCCGUAUGCCUCCUGCUGACGGUAACCUUGUUCUACCUGCUGAAGUUCUAAUGUGAUGAGCAACAAACAACGAGCUCCAUUGAGCCCUGGCCAGCGACAGACUGUAGUCCUUUAAGGAGAAUGAAAUCCAAGAACACGAGUGGUUCAUCCUUAGUUUCAUUUCUGUUUCUUUCUGGGUAUGCAUCUGAGUCUGUUGUCUGUUGACUCGCCAAGAAUGAAAGGGGCGUGGAUCGAGGAAAGGAAAAAUCAGAAUCAUGCACUAAUUCGAUGAUAGGAGAACUUCAGAGUUUGUGUCUCCCUGACUUUUUUGUAUGUGAAAAGGGAAUAACAAAAAACAAAACAACAAAAAAAUAAACAAAUAAGUGUAACUGUUGAUAGUUGACUGUUUAUUGCCCAAUAUUGAAAUGUACAUUCAGAUUAUUAUCGUGUCACGUCCUGUUCAAUAUCUGUAAGUAAAUGACUAAAAAGGAAAAAAUGCAAUGCGAUCAUUGAACUUUACUGUAUUUUUACAGUUGUAUGCAAAACAGAAUACGAGAUCAGUCAGAAUACUACAUAGUACACAUGAGUUCUCAGGCAAAGUCCUACAGAUUUUUUUUGUUCUCCAUUGUUGUGUAUGUUUAAAAAAAUGUACAAAUGUGUAAAGGUAAUUCCUGCACUGCCCCCCUCACCC